AUGGGUUUAUCCUCGGCCAGCGUAGUCGGAUUCCACUCCGGAUUUUGGGAUCACCAUUCGCAGCUUAUGAAACCGGUUGCUGCAAGCCUCUCAAAUUUGAAAAAAAGAGGAUUCUUCGAUGAAAAUGUGUGCAGGAAGGACGUACCAAACAAUGGGAAGGUAGAGGAGUUCAAAGGACCGCGCAUAUAUAUGGGAGAUCUAAACCCCCAAAACGACAUAUGUGAGUAUGUUAAGUAUCUUAACUUCAGGGAUGUCAAGCAAUAUCUGGCGGACAAGGGCGUGGAUACCGAGAACAUCUCAUGCGCAGAAUUGAUCAACGACUAUAAGCUGAUAGAAAACUUGGCGCAUGUGCAGCAACUUGUUGCGUUGACUCAGCACUAUGAGGAUCCCGAUCCCACCGUUUUCGUUGCCAAGGUACCACGUAAGGACGACAUUGAUAUAGAAGAAGCGGAGGUGAAGGCGGCUUCAUACCUUGCAUAUGGGUCAGAUUUCAAGAUCAAAUACGUGGCGCCGCCUCUGGCAAAAAAAUGCCCAUCCGCGGCAUACCCAAGUUUCAACCUCUUGUUCGCCACGGUCAUAGACGCAAUCCAGGGGUUCCUACGUGCCGAAGCCGAAGACAGUAAAGCAGCAGUCACAUACCUCAAGAGUGCGUGCCUGCAUUUGCAGCUGUUUACAGGCGGGGCGGUCUCAGGAGCACAACUUGUAUAUGACGUUCUGCAGGAUUAUGGUACCAUGGGGUACGUUUUAAUAGAUGACAUGUACAACGGAGCGCCACCGCCAACAAUGAGAGACGCUAUGGAAAUGGCGAAGUAUGUCAUAAAGGACGAGAUGCGGCAGCGCAAUGUUUUCAAGCCAGACCUUGCCAUAUCCCUUUCCCCAGGAGGGUUCCUGCUCCCCAUGUUCGUGGGAUUCGUGGACUACCUCAUGGAGCUGAACAUUCUUAAUAUGACGGUUCCCAUCUCCGGUAGCUCCGCGGGAUCCGUAAUGUCGAUUGUCACCACAAUGUACAAUCGGAACCGGUAUGAGAUCAUGGAAUUGUUCGAAGAGGCCGGUGAAGCGCUCAUGUCAAACAUGACCGUGGGCACUCUAGACGAAGUGUUCUCACCAUUUGUAAUGGGAUUUGCGUCGAAAGAGCUUUACAAGACACUGAGCGAAAGGAUAGGGCCGGUACAAGUCAAUUUUGGCGUUCGCAAAGAAGGUAAAUUCGAACCAAGGUAUGUCACCUUGGCUGAGAGCAACGAGGCGCUCCUGGACGCCGUCAGGGCCAGUUCGAACGUUCCUGGCUUCUUCACGAUAGGCGCUAUCGACAUAAAUGGUGAGGCUGCUUAUGAUGGCUUUUUUGCUACCAAGAACUUCUUUAUGGGGUCCACCAAGUCGCCGGGAAGACGAACGAUUAGAUUCAAUCCCAUGCCAUUGGGUAUCGGAAGAUCCGUGGGAUCCAACCUGAUGAACUUCGUUGCGAACUCGUUCUUACAAAAGAAGGACAUGUACUACAUUCACUUCAUCAGGCUCAAAAGUCUUAUCAAGCAAAUGCUGACACGCAGAAUGGAGUACAUGAGUUUAGACAAGAUGGAGCAGUGGCAAGAGGAGAUCCAGCAAUGUAUGAAGGUCUACAAUGCGAUGUCUAAGACUGGCACAGGGAUAACCACUAGUGAAGUCGAAGCGUGGGUGAAAAUGCUCAGCACGAAGCCAGGCGAAACUCAAAGCGAAAGCGGGCAGCAGGAUUGCGCUUUGACAAGGUUAUUCAGGUUGGUAGUGGGAUCGGAACGGGCCCUAAAAAUAGGGGCGAACUCAAAGAAACAUGCCGGAGGGUACAAAGACAAGUUGGGACGUAUCAGCCUAAUGAGGACUUUCGCCAAACCUGGGCAGUCGAAGUUUAAUGGUGUUGAGUUCCUAUCCACUCCGUAUACGCUCAUUGAGUGGCUGUCAUAUGAAUGGGAGUACGUAGGUGACGCAGAGACUCCGAAGAGUCCUGCAGAAGAGGAGAUUAAAGUGCUGAGAGACAUACUACACCACCUAACACCGCCCUCAUCAUUAACGUAUCACUUCACCGACUUCCCCUACAUCCUGAUGUCAGCCAUGUCCACCCUCAAAAACAUCAUAGUCGCUUUAUACCCCAGAGAGAAACAUACGGGCCGACAUUUGUACGACAACGGUAGGGCCAUAGGCUUUCGGUGGCUGCUCGCAGAGUACAUCGCAUUCGAGAACUGGCUAUACCUCAGGAUCAGACAGUUGACUGAAGAACCGGAUCUGGCCAUAUUGGAAUGGCAAAAAGUUACCCCUAGGGCCACCGAGGAGGCGCGUGCCAGCAACGUGGAACCCCUGCAUACCCGACAGUACAAUCGCCUUGAAGGCACCGUUCGAUUGAUGCGCAAGGAAAAGAUUGAUGAGCUGUUGAAACACUUUGAAGAGCGCCCCGCUGUCAAAGACGUACACAGACUGGUGUUCAAGUUGCAGAACCGCCUUGUUAGGCGCGCCUUGGCGUACGGUGUGGUGAACCCGUACUUUUUACACAUACUCGGCCAUCGGCAUUUCUGGGUCGAGUAG